AGAGAAAAAAGUUCAUAUUUUUAAUAAUUUAAAAUUUAAUUAUGGUCAAAUGGUGGUCAACGGCGGCAUAAUGGUGAAAUGGGGUCAUUGAACAUUGUUAACUGAAUUGACCACCAUGGUUCACUUCGCCACCAUAACCACCGCCAUCCACCAUCAUCUCCGGCGACAAAUUCGAACUUUUGUGAACGCAAGGGUAAAAUGGGUACGAGAUCCAUACCUGGAUGCAGCAGUAGAGAAGGAGAAAAACCUCAAGUCGUUACUUUCUCUCAAGAACUUAAUCAUCUCUCACCCAUCAAAAGCUCCUCCUCUUCGCACCAUUUCCCCUCUGAAACCCCAACUGAAUCUUCCCACAACAGCCCUCAAAUUCAUUCAGAAUUACCCUUUUGUUUUCAAAACCUUCAGGCCUCCAAUACCCUUAUCGACAUUACACGUAAAGCUCACUCCAAAUGCAGAAUCGUUACAUAAUGAUGAGACCCUUUUUCUUAAUCUUUCACAUUAUCGAAAAGAUUUAGCGCAAAGAUUAGCGAAGUUAUUGAUGCUCACAAGAGCUAAUAGACUUCCUUUCUUUGUUAUCAACAGGUUUAAAUUUGAUUUGGGUUUGCCUCAUGAUUAUUUGUUGAGUUUUUUACCUGAAUUUCCUGAGUAUUUUCAGAUUUGUCAAAUGGGUUUUAAGGGUGCUGAUGGUCGUGAGGUUUUCGGGUUGGAGUUGGUUAAAUGGAGGAAGGAUUUAGCUGUUUCUGUAGUGGAGAAAGGGGCGAAAAGGGAGGAUUUUGGGGGUGGGAAAAGAGUGCACAUUAGGUAUUUGAUGAAUUUACCAAGAGGAUUUGAUUUGCAGAAGAAGGUGAAAAUUUGGGCUGAGGAGUGGCAGAAUUUGCCUUAUAUUUCACCUUAUGAAGAUGCAUUUCAUUUGGCUCCUAAUACUGAUCAAGCAGAGAAAUGGACAGUAGGGGUGAUUCAUGAACUGUUGAGCUUACUUAUAUCGAAGAAGACGGAGAGGGAGACUAUUUAUUGCUUGGGAGAUUAUCUGGGAUUUGGAAUAAGGUUUAGAAAAGCUUUGGCGCAUCAUCCUGGUAUAUUUUACUUGUCGAAUAAAAUCAGGACGCAUACUAUAGUUUUGAGAGAGGCAUUUAACAAGAACAUAUUGAUCGAAAAACAUCCAUUGAUGAGAAUGAGGUAUAAGUAUAUCAGUCUCAUGAACAAAGUGUUGAGAAGGGGUAUUCCAAUCAAUGCUGCAGCACUUAGGCACAGGAAGCGGCUGGCUUCUGUAAAAGCAGCCAACAGCAAGAGGAUGAAACAAGUUAAAAGUAUAGAGCCUAAAGAAGAUUGAUAAUGGAUAUAAGGGGAAAGCAAGGGAAGGAAACCUUAGUAUGCAUAAGAAGCUGGCAACUGCUACUGAAGCUAUCUUUACAUUUGAUGAUUUAGCCUUAUGCCGGGUACUAUCUUCAAAAUUGCUUUUUCUUUCGCGCCCUUCAAAAAUGUUCAUGUUAUUAUCGUGUUGGCGAUCUUCCUAGCCAAAAGGAUGCGCGUUGGGAGGUCUAUAUCAAGCAAGGUCCUAGCUAUACAUCAUUUUACACACCUUUGUGAUACUUGCUCCUCCUAUGCGAUCACUUCUGAUCUUGUUUAGUAUUGUAUGGCAACACAUCCAUUGUAACAUUUGGUACAUAACAUUCAACCUGGAAUUUCGUUCCAACUAACAAGAAUAUGAAAAUAUUGUGUUCUAAUGGGAAGAAGAAAAGUUACAACGGUU